GUAGUUCGUUCGUGUCGGUUGUGGGUGUCGAUGUUUUCAAAUUCUACUCACAACUUUGAAUAUUAGCAUUUAAAUACGCGCAAUUUUUGGUGUAUAUUGUUGAGUAAAUAACUUUAUUUACUUAAGAAAACAACGUUGGGCGCCGAAUAGCGAAAAGUUUCAACCUUACUCAUUAUUUACCCCCCAUAACCGGUGCUCUCGUGAUUUACAAUAAAGUUAUAAUAAUAAAGAGGAGCAUUCAGUGCUGUAGUGAAGUGUCCAGUCCAGCUGCACAACCAGUUCCUGUUAAGCGAGCCGCAUCAUGUCCAGAAAUAGGGCUGCCAUGGUCAGCGCCUUUCGGCUCUUCCUGCGACCGGCGGCGACCACCACCCAUAGAAGUCUCGCCCUGCGUUUGGCACCCGGCACCACCUUCGCCCUGCACUUACGGCCAUGUCAUGAGCUCCAGCAGCACAGAAGCUUCGCAUCCACGACGGAGGAUGGCGAAACGGACAAGCAUAAAAAACCGACGACGGGAGGUCACAGUUCACGUCAGCAUAUGUAUGAGCAGGCAGAAAUUGAGGGAAAAGUAAAAGAAAAGAAAUCCAAAUCCAAUCAAUGUCUUGUUAAGUACCGAAUAGGGGAUCGGAGAACUGGAAAAGGUAGCAAUCCUUGCAAAACGCAGGAAUUUAAGGAAACUGUCAAUUGUGAACCAAAUUCUGUGUCUUCUAAUCUAAAAUCAAGAAUUCAAAAAUUCAGAGAAUUUAAGAAGAGACAAAAAGUAACAAAGAAAAAGAAGUCAGACUUUUGUAAAGUUCAUUCACUCAAGAGAAUCAAGAAUAGAAAAAGAUAUAGGAAGAAAACUAAAAAAAAAACUUGUAAUGAAGACAUCUAUGUGGAAUACGUGAAUGGCAUGCCACACAUGACUGUACGACUUCCCAGUCGCAAUGAACUCUGCCAGUUUGCCCUGAAACCGAUCUCCCACAACGUUGGAGAUCUGCUAGCCAUGCUCAGAGCUGAGGAUCGAGGCAUCGAUCGAGCUGCGGUGAUCAACAGGCAUGGUGUGCGAAUCGCAUCGUCCUGCACCAUCGAAAGCUUGCUGGAUGACUCAUUUAGCAUACAAAUCAACAAUCGCACAUUGGAUGUGAAUCCUCCAAAGCGUGACAAGGUCACAUUGGAAUCAAUGGACAAAGUGGGUGAUGUCCGCAAGGUUAUUGCUCAGCUCUACGAGGCAUUCAACGUGGGAGAAUACCAGCUAGAGAAGAGCAAUCAACUGGCCAAAGAACUGGAGACCCUACGCUAUGAACUAGAACCGCUGGAAGAGAAAAAACUGGAACUGAGCAAAAAGGCUGCUCGUCGUACCAACUUUAUGACUUGGAUGGGUCUGGGCCUGAUGUCGGUGCAGUUUGGCAUCUUGGCACGCCUGACUUGGUGGGAAUACUCUUGGGAUAUCAUGGAGCCCGUUACCUAUUUUGUUACCUACGGGACGACAAUGGCAAUGUAUGCCUACUAUUGUGUAACCAAGAGGGAAUACAUGAUGGAGGAUGUGAAGAACCGCGAAUUCUCACUUACCCUUUACAGAAACGCCAAAAAGGUUCAGUUCGAUGUGGAGCACUACAACGAGCUGAAGCGAAAGUCAGCGGAGCUGGAGUACAAUCUCAGAAGGAUCAACGACCCGCUCAACAUGCAAUUGCCAUCGCAUUUGGUUCGGACCCAGGAAAACACGCCACCAACCUUAACUGAGGAAAAGACAGAGCGGCAAUAAACUUAAGGACUUCGCAGAAAUCAGUGAAGAGACACAGGGGGAAAACGGAAACUCAAACUAAUCUUAGCUCCCUCAAAUUAGAAAACAAAUAAAGGUUCGCCUUUUAGCUAAAGAAGUUCAGGUGAUCGAAAUGUUGUAGUCAAAGUAAGAAAUGAUUUUGUGGACGCAUCACAUGUUGUGUGAAUUCAACUUUAAUUUUUUUCUUUAUGUUAACUAAAAUGUUUAGUUGUUUAUUAUACGAUUAAUUAGCAUAAGUUUGACGAUUCACAAAACUGAACAAGAAUUAUCUAACGCCUGCUGCUUUAGAGCUAAUACCAUUAUUUUAUGUUUAAUCUUUAGUUAUUUAUUGCAAGUGAGAGAUUUGUUUUACGCCUAAGGCAACUAUUGUGUGUGCAAGUUUUAGCAAAAUAUAUGAAUUAUUUAUUGACUAUGA